AUGCUCCGUCCGGAGAGCCCUGCUCUGUCGACCAUCUCUGCACCGCGCUCGCCGACCGCACCGACAGAUCCAUCCGCACCGCGGCUACCUGUCUCGAUCAACAAGCCCCCCGAUGCCGAGUCGGUCGAGGGCCACAGACAGCGCGAGCUCAAGUGGGUGUCGCUCAUGUCCGCCGUGCCGCCGUCGCACGCGCGCAAGAGCAAGAAGGUCAAGAAGCUGCUCUACGAGGGUGUCCCGUCGUCGGUGCGCUACCUUGUGUGGUCGCACUUGAUGGACAGCCGCGGAAAGUCGGUGCCGACCGUGUAUGGACAGCUUGCUAAGCGCGAGCGAGUUGCUGCCUAUCAUCAGAUCGAGCGGGACGCACAGCAGAGCGCUUUCGAUCACCCGAAUCUCGCGCCGACGCAGACUUCGCUCCUGUCGCUACUCCAAUCGUACCUUUGUAUGGUCCCGGAUAUCACUUAUUCUAAAGGCCUGACUUUGAUAGCCGGGCACCUCCUUCUGCUCGCGCCUGAGGAGGACGCGUUCUGGAUUUUCGUCACCCUGAUGGAUGCAUAUCUCCGACCCUAUUUCUCGCCCAACACGACUCAGUUGGAAGUGGACGCGGCAUUGUUCUGCCGUGCGCUCGAGUCCAACGAUGCGCAGGUGGCGAAGAAGAUCCUGACCGAGAUUGGCAUUGGUGCAGUAGAACUCUGCCGUCCCUGGUUCACGACCCUCUUCGUCGACGCGCUGCCGUCGGAGUAUGUCAACCGUGUUUGGGACUUCUUCCUCUGCGAAGGCCUUCCUCUACUCAUCCGUGUGGGCUUGGCCGUCAUUCAGUGUUGUCGACGCGCUAUCUUGGAGUGCAAGACCGAGGAGAGCCUGCUGCGCUACAUCACCGCUCCUCCGCCGACCUGGUUCCCGCCUACGGUGGAUGCGUUCAUCACCGUCGUCAUGUCCGCGAAGGUGAAGGACGACGACGUUCGCAAGCAGCGCGUCAAGAUGGAGGCGCAGAUCAAGCGCCAGACGCAGCAAGGCCCUCGGCUGCAGACCAACUUCAUCUCCCUGCCAAAACCGUAG